UAAGGAGCUGCAACUUGCCUGGAUGCAGAGUGAGUCUGGGGCCGGCAAAUCACACCAUAAUCCUUCUCUUUGUGUGAGCAGCAAACAGAAAUGUGUCUCCAACAAUGAUUUCUCCGAGAUCAGCAGUGGAGUGGAAAACAAGGAAGCGAGCGAGUGAAGGACAGUGAGGAGGGGAGGAGAGAGCCAGGGAGAGAGAGAGAAGAUGGAGGGAGACAGUGGGAGCAGCUAGAGUGUGACAGAGGAAAGCAGCAGCCACAGCCGAGCCACAGGGACGCUGACACUCACUGGAGGAUUUGAAGUCUUCAUGUGCUAACACCAUAGAAGUGAGGAUGGCGACUGUCGUGAAGUACUGGAUGUGUUUGGCUACAUUGUCAUUGGCAGUGACCAGCGAAUCUUUACACAGAAUCGCCAUGAAGAAGAUGCCCACUAUCAGAGAGACACUGAAGGAGAUGGGCGUUUCUUUGGAGCAAGUGUUGACAGAGCUGACCCAGAUACACAGCGGCAACCCCAACAAUGGCACCGUUCCCACACCACUUACCAACUACCUGGAUACACAGUACUUUGGAGAAAUCAGUAUCGGCUCUCCGGCCCAAACUUUUAAUGUGGUAUUUGACACAGGCUCGGCCAAUCUGUGGGUGCCAUCGCAGAGCUGUUCUCCUUUCUCAACGGCCUGCUUUACUCACAACAGGUACGACGGAUCCACAUCUCACACUUACAUCGAAAACGGCACAGGGUUUUCUAUUCAGUACGCUUCAGGAAAUGUCAGAGGAUUUCUGAGCGAGGAUGUCGUGGUGGUGGGAGGCAUCCCUGUGGUUCAGGUGUUUGCAGAGGCCACCUCGUUGUCAGCCAUGCCCUUUAUCUUCGCGAAGUUUGACGGCGUCCUCGGGAUGGGUUACCCCAAUGUGGCGAUAGACGGCAUCAUGCCGGUUUUUGACCGCAUCAUGUCUCAGCACGUCCUAAAAGAGGAGGUGUUCUCCAUCUACUACAGCAGGGAUCCUAAACAUUCACCAGGUGGAGAGCUGGUACUAGGCGGGACUGACCCAAACUACUACACAGGACAUUUUAACUACGUGGACACAAGAGAGAUGGGCAAAUGGGAAGUUACCAUGAAAGGAGUUUCGGUUGGGUCGGAGAGGCUGUUUUGUACAGAGGGCUGCACAGCUGUGAUAGACACAGGCUCCUCCUACAUCACUGGGCCGGCCUCGGCCGUGUUUUCACUGAUGAAAACCAUCGGAGCUCAGCAAGAUGAAAGUGGAUAUAAAGUCGACUGCGAAAUGGUGCAGACGUUGCCGAGCAUCAGCUUCCUCCUGGGUGGUCGAGAAUAUUUGCUGAGUCAUGAGGAUUACAUUCUGUGGCAAACUCAAAUGGAAGGUGACGUAUGCGCGGUCACCUUCAGGGGCUUGGAUCUGCCGCCACCUACAGGACCCCUGUGGAUUUUAGGUGCCAACUUCAUUGCCCGCUACUACACCGAGUUCGACCGCCGCAAUAACCGCAUCGGCUUUGCUGAAGCCGUCUGACAAAUUGCUCAUAGUUUGUCCUGUCUACAUGCUGGUUUUACCAUCAUAUGAUCACUCAGAAACAGAGGGAAAUAACUUAAUCCAUCAUGCUUUGCCAUUUUCCUGUUACCCACCAUUUUAUUGCACUGAUCUCUUUAUUUAUGUCCGAAAAUGAAAAGCUAAAAAUGGUUGUUGUUCUGUGGUGACUGUCUAAAGGUGGUCGUGAGGGGUUAAAAGAAACACCUGAGAUUUCAAUUGAUUUCACUUCUACUGAUAAUUAUGACUCAUUAUUCGGUCACAUGGAUUUUGUGGCCUAAUGGCUUACAUCAAACACAAUG